CUCUUCCAGGACUACAAUCUACAUCAACACAUUCCACUUCCCACACUCUCUUCACUUCACGACUACUACUAUCCCUCCGCUAUCACCCAUCUGUCAUCGUCGACCGUCAUGAAAACAGGUUCACGGUCUGGCCCUGCCCAUCUGCGCCCAAAUUCCUAAUCAGGCAUCCAAACUGCCUAUUCGGGCUAAACCCAAACCGAAGCCGGGGCCGCCCACAGGCCGCCAGGUAUCUCCAGAUCCCUUUAUCAGCAGCCUCUGUCUGUCCCUCUGCCUCCUCCCCGCCUCAACUUCUACCUGCUGCUUACUCGAAACGGAGGAGAAGAUGCUUGCACCGCUGUCCCUCAAGAACACCGUGGCGCUCGCGCUGCUGGCCUCGGCCGCGACGGUAAACGCCGUCUUUGAUUGCGGCAUGGUCGUCGACGGCCAGUCCCUCAACCUGACUGCGCUCGCGGGCCCGCACACCGUCCAGACCCUGCGCAGCACGCCGCCGUCGACGACCAUCACCCAGUUCACGUUUGAUCUGUGCGCGCCGCUGCAGCCGCAGGUCGGCGUCCCGGCGAAUCAGCAGUGCGCUGCCGGAACCCAAGUCUGCGGAGUCCAAACCAUCGCCCUGCAGGACGAGACCCCGUUCGUGGCAGAAGUGAUCCCGAUCUCAGGCGACCUGAACGGCGCCACCGCGGCCCACGUCGCCGAGCGCCGGAUCGGCGCAAACACCGCAAAGGCGGGCCAGUCCGCGCUGAGCGUGAACCUCGUCGGCGGCCAGUGGGGCGACGUGGAGGCGAUGGAGACGUUUAUUGACUUUGCGUGCGAUCCGACGCUGUACGAUGUUACGCCCGACCCGGCGCAGUUGGCGGACACGGGAUCCGAUACUGCCGGGCUCAGGUUCGUGUCUUGGGAUGAGAAGACUUUGAAUCUGCGGUGGGACACUGCCGUUGUCUGCGACCAGGAACUCGUCAAGGCCGCGCAGAACAACAACAACAACAACAACAACGAAACCCCGACCUCCUCCUCAACCGCCUACCGCAUCACAAAGUACGUCCUGAUCGGCAUCCUCCUCUUCGCCGGCGCGUACUUUGGCGCGACAGCGUACUCCAACUACCGCAAGGGCGCCACGGGCGUCGAUCUGCUGCCGUCGUCGGAGACAGUCAUGGACGUGCCUUAUGUCGCGAGGGAUUUCGUCAAGAAGAUCGCGUCUGGGUUUUCGAGGUCUGAGAGCACGAGGGAUGGAUAUGCUGCAUUCUAGUUUUCUUCUUUCUUUUUUCUUUUUCUUUUCACUGCUUUGGUUUGGUAUAGUCAGGAGCUUUUGUUUAUGCAUAGUAGAAUAGUGCAAUAUAGUAGUUAACAGCGUUUUUGGUACUUCAUGUUCAGCACUACGUAGACGCUACCACUACAAACAGAUGCAGCAUAUAGCAUACCUCAAAUCUAUUCCCCAACCAUAACAUAAUCAAAAUCACCCAGCUCUUUAUCAUAGUCUUU